GGAAGCUUCCCCAAAACUUGCAGGGGCGAACGUACCGUACGUUGAGUGGCCGUAACUUACGUAGGCUAUGCUCCACUCCAUAGCGUCCAAAAAAUCAUUCCCCGAGUCCAUUCCCCGAGUUUUAGUGGGUUAAUUUGUUGUUUACUAUGCUAUGCUCUGCUCCAUAGCAUUUACUAUGCUAUGACUCCACUCCAUAGCCUCCAAAAAAUCAUUCCCCGAGUCCAUUCCCCGAGUUUUAUGACAAUCAGUGUCGAUUGUCGACUGCGUCGAGACUUUUUUUAUAUGAUGUCGUCGGAAAACUUACGUCCGCAAUUGAACAAUAAUUGGGAGAGAUUGUCACAAUUUGGAGUUCGAAGGAGAUUCAUCGAUGAUAACUUUUAUGAGCCAGGCAACAAAUUGUGCCAAAAUGUUCUGGGUAAAAAAUCAAUAAUUAUAUUUGACAAUGAAGAUUUUCUUCAUCCUAAUAUAAAAAAGUUUACAUGCCAUGUUCCUGGGUGUGUGAAAGUAUUUUAUACCUUGGUUAGCUUUGAAGACCACUAUAAUACUAAUCAUCGGUUUGUUUGUGAUACCUGUCAUAAGCGUCUUCCAUCCCCACAUUUAUUGGAUUUGCACAUUUCUGAAAGACAUGAUUCUUACUUUGCAGCCCUUGCAGAAAGGAAACCAAUGUUCCAAUGUUUUGUGGAGAGCUGCAACUUAAGAUUUUCAGCUAAGAAUGAACGACGCUCACACUGCAUAGAAGUGCAUAAAUUCCCCCCUGACUUUCGCUAUGAUUCUUCUAAGAAUGGUGAAAAGAAAAAGAAGUUAGCUGCUAAUACAGAUCCUUCAGUAAUUAAACCCAAGCCAGCCAGUAAAAUGUUUGGGUUUGGGCACAGUUCGAAUCGGGGUAUGUUUCGAAGCCGUGGUCGUGGAGGAUUUCAUUCGGGCAAUAAAAAAUCCCGGAACACAGCUGAAGAUCUGGAGGUGUCAAUGGCGGAUCUGGAAGAAGCUUUACCAUCCAUGGAAUAAAAAUAUAUAAUAAGUAAUAAUGUUAAAUUAAAAUCUUUAAAAAAAAUAAAAUAUGAUCAAAUCUCA